CCCGGUCGAACUGAACGCAAGCAUUGUUGCUACGCUCCGUGUUUCCGUGAAUUUCACUGUGCGUGUGUGUGUUGUGUUGCCGGCAUUUUGGUGCAGGAAAACCUUACCAAGCAAUUUGUGUGUACCGCUUUCCCAGAGUUUCCACGAUUUGUGUCUACAGUACUGAAAUCAUCAUGCCAGUUCCGGAGCUACAGAAACCUGCGCCCGCCUUCCAGGGAACCGCUGUCGUGAACGGACAGUUCAAAGAGAUCAGCCUGUCCGACUACAAGGGCAAAUAUGUGGUGCUGUUCUUCUAUCCGCUCGACUUUACGUUCGUCUGCCCGACGGAGAUCAUCGCCUUUUCGGAUCGCGUGGAAGAAUUCCGUGCGAAACAGUGCGAGGUGAUCGCCUGCUCGACCGACAGCCACUUUGCGCAUCUGGCCUGGAUCAAUACGCCGCGCAAACAGGGUGGAUUGGGCGAGCUGGGCAUUCCACUGCUGGCGGACAAAUCGAUGAAGAUCGCCCGUGAUUAUGGUGUGCUGCAGGAAGAGUCGGGCGUCCCAUUCCGCGGUCUGUUCAUCAUCGACGGUAAGGGCAAUCUGCGCCAGGUGACGGUCAACGAUCUGCCGGUCGGUCGUAGUGUUGACGAGACGCUACGCCUGGUGGAAGCGUUCCAGUUCACCGACACCCACGGUGAGGUGUGCCCGGCCAACUGGAAACCCGGCAGCAAAACGAUGGUUGCCGAUCCGACCAAAUCGAAGGAAUAUUUCAAUGCGGUCAACUAAACCGGGAACCGGAGGGGGGCGCCAUUGGGCUAGCCAGAAGAGUCUCUUCCCAAUAAUUGUAUCGUGUCACACACUGCUCAGUGGGGCCGGGCCCCAUCAGUUUACACUAAAGAAUCUUUUUUGAGAGACGGUUGACAAUUUUCCCGCGUGAUAGCAACGUACACACACACACCCAUACACAUCUUUUAAAAAGAAUGGAGCUCAGUAAAAACAAUUUAAUUUAAUGUGGAACAAAACUGCUCGUUUAUAUCAUAUUAAGCCACGUAGAAAACCAUUUUCCAGGCUAAAUUAAAACAGAAGCCCCUCCUCCCGUAGGGGGCGAGAAUAAUACAUAAAAAAGCUGUGAAAACGAACAGAAAUUGUUUAGAAGGUAAAAAUAUCAUACGAAUUAAAUAAUCCCCCCCUAUGAUGAUGAUGAGCUGAGAGCAAUAAAAUGGAAUAAUAAAGUAUUGAUUUUUUUUGUAGAA